CACUGCUGGGUGGACACGGUGUGCGCCAACUGCACUCCUCGAACAUACGUCCUGAGGACCAGACGCAGCUGGCCGCGUGUACAGAAGUACCCGUCUACGUACGCGUUGGUCAUCAAUUCCCUGUGCUACGUGGCAUUCAUCUACUUCGCGGUCUACACGUUUCUUUUGAUACGAAGAAGAGCACAGACGGGCAUCGCCGAAACCAGUGUCGCCACACGAAUAGAAUACAGUAACCACCCUGCGGUUGCAGGCUCGGUCUUUGCCAUGUUUCGUGAGCUGUGCAACGGCAUGAGGCGCAUCAGUUCCGGCCUGAGGUUAGUAACAUUGUCCGACAGCUGUAUCGCUGUACAGGCAAUCGAGUCCUCGGCUAUCACUAACAUCGAAAUGCAGACAAACGUUCAACGCAAAGCGUAG